ACAUAUAUGACAAUAAUCUAUCAUAUCGGCUGGUUUUGUGCCUAGUUUUUUAUAAUUUUUUUUAAUUAUUUUGAUGAAAAAUUCAUAAAUAAUUGGUGUUAAUUAUGGAAAAGAAUAUAUCUAGUAUUUUAUUAACUGGAAUUCCAGGAGUUGGAAAAACAACAAUAAUUGUUAAAAAAUUGAUUAAAAUUUUUAAUGAGAAACACAUCAAGUGUAUUGGAUUUUUUACUGAAGAAAUGCGAUCAGAAAAUGGAAUUAGAAUUGGUUUUGAUGUCGUUGAUGUUAAUGGUAAACGGGGAGUUUUAGCAAGAGAGCAUCCAACUGACAACAUAAGACGUCCACAUGUCGGAAAAUACUCCGUUUAUACAAAAGACUUUGAAGAUAUUGCUCUCCCGAUGCUUAAAAUUGAAGCGAAGACAAUUUUAAUUGUCGAUGAAAUUGGCAAAAUGGAAUUAUUGAGUAAAAAAUUUAAACAACGAAUCGAAGAGGUAUUCGGAAAAACUCUUAUUCUAGCAACCAUACCAAAUCGUCAAACAAUUGAUAUUGUUGAAAAGAUUAGAAGUGACCACAGUUCAUUAGUAUUGGAAAUAACAAAGAAGAAUCGCAAUGAAAUAGUUGAUGAAAUAUUUCAAAAAAUAAAUCAAAUGUUAACCAUUUAAAAUAAACAUAAAUUU